AUGCGCAGACCUGUGCUCCUGUUCCUCAUCCUAAACCUGGCAAUCGUCGCCUUCCUCAUACACUCGGUCUGGACGCUAUUAUCGCUUCUCGUCGUCGACGGCUCCGAAGAUGCAAUCUCUCGUGCCGAACUCCCUGCUCCAGGCUCUGAUCUGAUCGACGGUCGUCCUCAAUUGAUUCCCAAAAUUAUUCACCAGACAUACAUCAACGAGAGCAUUCCAGAGGUCUGGCAAGAACCACAAAAGAGCUGCAUUGAACUGCACAAGGAUUGGGAAUACAAGCUAUGGACUGACGCCCUGUCACGCGAGUUCAUUGCUGCCGAGUACCCUUGGUUCCUCGAGACCUUCGACAACUACGAAUUCCCCAUUCAGCGCGCCGACUCAAUCCGCUACUUUGUGCUGGCCCACUAUGGCGGUAUCUAUCUCGAUCUGGACGAUGGCUGCAACCGUCGUCUGGACCCUCUGCUCUCUUACCCGGCUUGGUUGCGUCGCACUCUGCCUACUGGUAUCUCCAACGAUGCAAUGGGUGCCGUUCCUCGUCAUCCCUUCUUCCUGCGCGUUAUUGACGACCUGCCUCGCUACAACCGCAAAUGGGUUCUUCCCUACAUCACCGUCAUGGCCUCGACUGGUCCGCUCUUCCUGAGCAUCAUCUGGCGUCACUGGAGCUCCGAAGGUCUCAACAUUGGCGAUGGCCCCGACGGUGGCAGAGUCCGUGUUCUUUUCCCCGACGAGUACAACUACCACCCUUGGAGUUUCUUCACCCAUCACCUUGGUAAUUCGUGGCAUAGCAGCGACGUCAAGCUCAUCUUCUGGGUACGUUCAAUCUACGAUUCAUGCCAUGUUCUGGAUCAAUUACUAACAUUUACAAACAGANUGCUGAAACACUGGGUCAUGCUCACCGUCGUGGGCUUCCUGACAGCCGGUGUCGUCUUCAUCAUUUCCUACUACCUUUACACCCGCUUCUUCGUCUCUCACAGACCUUGGGCCAUGUCUGUACGCAAACGCUUCCCUGUGGGCUUGUUCAGACGCCUCAGCAGCGGCAACGUGCCAUCGAAGCGACGACAAUCUUACGAGCUCGUCCGACGUGACGAGGAAGACGCCAUGUAA